AUGCAAGAAGGCAAAAAGUCUAAAAAAUUCUUUGGAAAAGAUAUCAUGAAUCUUCUUAAAUUAAUGGUUCCUGAAAAGAGAUUUUGUAUAAUUGGAAUGACUGUAGUUGGUUUGAAUAGUGCUUUGCUUCUCUAUUUACCUUAAGUGACCACUGAUAUAGCAAAAUUGCAAGAAUUAAAAUAUGAUCAAGAAAACAAAGAAAAGAGUUAAUAGACUAAUUUAUAUUAUCAUGUAAAAUGGGGAGGUGUAUGCUUACUUGGAAUGUUUUUAGGAGGUGCUCGUAGAUUCCUAAAUACAUAAAUCAGUAAUAGAGUAGGAAUGAGGAUGAGAUAUGCUAUGUUUUAGAAAUUAAUGAGUACAAGAGAAACUCAGUAGUUGCAUUCAUAAUAAUUAGUUCAUAAAUUAUCAAAUGAUGUUAGUUUAGUAUCUACUGGAUUAUCUUAAGACAUUUUUGUGAUGAUUAGAGGCUUUAUUACAACAAUAGGAGGAGCAGCAUAUUUAUCAUAUUAUGCAUUUCCAUUAUUGGCAUCUGCAAGUGCUGCUGCAGCUGUUAUGGGAGGAUCAGCUAUUUUAUUAGGAAAAUAUAUGUCUUAAUUUAAAGUAAAAGAAACACAGGAAUUAGGAUGUUUAAGUGAAGUAUCACAAGAAAUGUUAUAAGCACAUAGAUUAAUCAAAUUAUCUGAUAUGGAAUAGAAAGAAAAUCAAAGAUAUUCAGCAUAGUUAUUUAGAUGGUAUGAAUAAGCAACUUAAUUUUCUAAAAUGCAAGCUUUAAAUAUGGGACUGAUGGAAGGUGGAGGCUUAUAUGCUUUAAUUUUAAUUUUAUUUUAAGGUUGUUAUUUAGUUGCCACUGGACAUUUAGAUCCCGAGUUAGCAAAAUACUUUAUCUAAGCAGUAUAUAUGGCCUCAGGAACAAGAGCAAUGAUAGGUAUCUAUAAUGAAUUGGUUAAAACUGCUGCUAUAUAUAAAACUAUACUUGAUGUCCAUCCAAAUCUUCAUGAAUCUGAAUUGUAUAAUCAAUCAGAUUUGACCAAAAAUUAUAGAGAAUAUAUUAGAUAAGAUGAUAUUUUAAAAGCUAAAUUACUUAAUCCACCUUAGAGUGCUGAACAUACUAAAGAAUGGUAAGAAUUAUAUGAACAUUCUUCAAUUCCACCACCAAGUAUUUAAUUUAAGAAUGUUCAGUAUUCCUAUCCAAAUCAUGAGAAUUCUACAUUAACAUUCAAUUUAUAAAUCAAUUCAGGUGAAAUAGUAUUAUUAUAGGGACCAAGUGGAUCUGGAAAAACUACUGCAUUGAAUCUAUUGACAAAAUUAUUAACUCCAUCAUCAGGUGAAAUUUUAAUUGAUGGAGAACCUCUCUCAAAGAAAGAUUUUAAAUGGAUUCAAUAACAUGUAUCUUAUGUUUAAUAGGAUGGAAUCAUAUUUAAUGCAACCGUUUAUGAGAACAUCAUCUAUGGUAAUCAUGGAUAUGAUCAGAGUUUGGAAAGAGUUAUUUGGGCAGCUUAAUUAGCUAGAGCUCAUGAUUUUAUAGAAAAUAUGCCUAAUAAAUAUUAGACUAAAUUAAAAUCAGAUGGAACAACUUCCUUAUCUGGAGGAUAGAAAUAAAGAAUUGUAUUAGCCAGGGCAAUAUUAAAGAAUCCUAAAAUUCUAAUUUUAGAUGAAGCAACAUCUAAUAUAGAUAGUCAAUCUGAAUCAGAUAUCAUAUAAGCUUUAAUGUAGAUUUGUCAAGACAAAACAGUUAUUAUUGUUUCACAUAAAAUAGAAAAUUAUAAACCGUUAUUAACAAAAGCCAUUAAUUUGGACUCAUGA